CGGCGGGGCGACUGAAGGCGGAUGAUAACGGCUGUGACAGGUAACUGGUCCGGAUGAUUUUUUUUGGGGGGGGCUCCCCAAAAAAUGAAGACACCCAUAAUCACAUCAGCUCUUGGAACAUUUCAGCCGUGGUGAUUGCAAACGGAUACACUUCAGAUAACAGCAUGGGAAGUGGCAAGAUGUACUGCACUUCAAAAGGGUUUCGUUUUUGGGGGCUGCCCUACCCAAUGGAAAGAUCAUGCUACAGGCAGGCCACUUCCCUGGAUCAGCAGCAGGAAUUUCCCAGAACCCCGGGGCAUGGUGCUGAGAACCCUCAGCAAGCCAGUAAGAGCUCCUUGAAGCUGAGGGUACUCAACACCAGAAUGAGUCAACAACUUCGCUCCUCUGGCACUGUGGAACUCACAACAAUAAGGGCAACAGACAAGAGGAAAGCCCUGGAGGAGACCAUGGCUUACAGUGCCCAGUCCUUGGCUAGUGUCGCAUACCAGAUCAGCAAUCUAGCCAGCAACGUCCUCCAACUGUUGGACCUGCAUGCAAGUGAACUCCACCAGGUGGAAGCUAGCGUCUGCUGCAUUGCGCAGAUGGUGGACGUGCACAAGGAGAAAGUGGCUCGUCGGGAGAUUGGAACGCUGACAGUCUGCAAGAGGCUCCCCCACUACCAGAAAAUCAUCUAUCCAACAUAUCAGGAACCCUUGGAAGCUUACUACAGGAAACCCCUCAACUUCAGCGUCCUGGAUGACGUCGGUCAUGGGAUAAAGGACCAGAGCACGCAAUUGUCACGAACGGGAACCUUGACUUGGAAAGGAUCCAAGACAUCAUCUGGACAGUCAAUGGGCACCCUGGGGAAAAACCCUCGUAUCCCAGAGCCCAUUCAACUGCCUGUGGUUCCAGAAGGCAAACUCUCAGCAGCGUCCUCUACAUCAUCUUUAACAUCCCUCAGUUUCAGUGGAGCAGCUGGCAACGUCAAUGCCAAGGUGCCUGUCGCACAACCUGUGCCGCCUUCAGUGCCUAUCCCGGUGCCUCCUCCAUUGGACAUAGAUACAAUGCUUCCCCCUCCCCCUCCUGUAGACAUGCCUGAACUGCCACCCAUCGGUUUUGAGAUGCCGCUCCCAGAUGUCCCUCCACCAUUCUCCAUGCCAGGUUCCGACUUCCUGGAGCCCCCACCUCCACCUCCUCCAAGCUUGACAGAGUUUGAAGAUUUUGCCCCUCCUCCUCCUCCCCCCCUGGGUACAGAGGAACCUGCGUGGGCGCCAGACAGCUACUUGGAGAAAGUGGUGACCCUCUACCCCUACACUCAGCGAAAGGAGAAUGAGCUCUCGUUCCCGGAAGGGGCCGUCAUUUACAUGACCCGGAAGCACUCGGAUGGUUGGUGUGAAGGUGUGACCAGUGAGGCAGAGGGGUUCUUCCCAGGCAACUAUGUGGAACCUUUCUGCUGUUGACCCCCGCUUGGAUGCAGGAGAUGAUGCCACUGAGGACCAGCAGAAGUUUUCCUCCUUCACUAUUCCCCAGCCUUGGGGUUAAUGGAGCCCAUUCUCUCUGCCAAACCAGUGAGGCCACCUCCAUCCCCCUAGCUCUGGCCACAGAAUUUAUCACUGUUUACAAUCCAGAUUGAUCAGAUCCUAGAUCCCCCAUGCCCCCUCCUGGGCUAAGGCACAGACAGGCCCAAGUCCCUGGCAGAAAGCACCAGGGAAAGGUAGCUCUCUGAACCCAAGACUUAUCAGGAGCAGCUUUGGAAGCCCAGAAAAGUGCCCUGGUUUGGCACUGCUCCUUUCAGGUCAAAUCUUAGGCCCUCAGAGCUCCGUGGGAGUUUUGCCAUUGUUUACCACUGGGGACCAGGAUUGAAGCCUUUAGCAUGGAAUCCCGUUGCCUAAGGCUUUGAUUAUUCUCGGCUCUUUUAUUUCCGUCCCCUAAACAUGCACCAUGAUCAGAGGAUCCUCUUCAAGGUUCCCCAGGGAGCCUGCAGCCAGUCCCUCUCACCCACCAGACUGAAUGCAGCUGAGCAGCAGAAUGCUGUUGACUAGCUGGGAAGGGAGGCAGAAGUAGGCAUGUGGAGGGCUCUGAGAUUCCCAAUGCUCAGGGCUGCUCCAAGCCUUCCUGACUCCUGCAGUAGUUUAGAAGGUGCUUAGCAGACUCCAGUGGGUCUAGCACAGCCUUUUCCCCACUGCCUGGGACCGUGCUGCCCAAGCCCAGAAGUAGCAAUGGGCAAGAGAUCAAAUCCCAGCUCCGACAGAGUCAUCUGGUGACCUGGAGCAAGUCGAGGUUCUCUAUUUGGAAACCAGGCACAGUGCUUCCCUGCCUUGCAGGGCUGCAGUGGAGAGCCAUCAGCACAAAGUGUGAUGGCAGAACGGCCGUGCCUCAGCAGGCAGAAGCCUAGACAGGCAGAGACAUGAGAAAUGGAGAAUUAACUGGGGAAGGUGGUUGAAAGAUAAGAGGAUGUUUUGCAAGGAGCUUUGACAAUGAGACUAAGUUGUACAAACCAGAGCCAGUGGAUCCAGGCUCAGAUGCACAGGAAUAGCCCACUUGUUUCCUGCUGUGUAACGAUACAGAGCCACGUAGCACCCUAUCACGUUGCUGCUUGAGGUAUUAUGAGCCUCGUCCGCAAAAUGCAAAUGUCAGCAGAGCUGCAGCUUCUGCUUUGCCUCUUUUGAUUCUUUAUUAAAAAUGGCAGCUGAUUGCCUUGAUGUGUGGAGUGAGUGAAAGGCAGCUCUGUCUUUAGGCCCCACCCAGGGCCUUGCCCCAUGGAAUUUUUGUGGGCAAUCUGGGUGCGCUGAAUCCACCAUGGGGACCUGCCUCGCUGAUGUCUCGCGGCACAUUGGAAGUAGAAAGGGAGGCUCAUUGGACCUGGACCCCUCUAAUGUCAGGUGCUGCUGAGAGCAUUAGUGAGCAGGUCCUCUGCUGCGUGCCAUUGCACAUGCCUCUCUGCAUCCCAGCUCCCUCACUGCUUAGAUAAAAGUGCCCAAUUUUAAUAAAGUUUUAAAAGCUUG